UGCAUCCUCUGGCUCCGGAACGACUUAACUCCAGUCCAGAGAUUGCUAUCGCCCAGAGACUGGCCCGCGAGCUAAUGGAGGAGAGCUUUGCUGGUUGCUAAGGAAACCGCAAGCGGCAAGAUGGCAGCCGCCGGCCAAGGGAGCCCGAGCUCCAGCCUGCGGCGCCGCGACGCACCGAGACGGCCGCCGCGGGACGGUUAUGGAGUCUACGUGUACCCAAAUUCUUUCUUUCGAUAUGAAGGGGAAUGGAAAGGAGGGAAGAAACAUGGCCGGGGGAAGCUGCUGUUUAAAGACGGCGGCUAUUACGAAGGCGAGUUCGUGGACGGGGAGAUCACGGGGGAAGGCCGCCGGGUCUGGGCCUCGUCAGGGGACACCUAUUCCGGACAGUUUGUUUUGGGAGAGCCUCAAGGACACGGCAUCAUGAAGUACAAAGCUGGCGGAUAUUACGAAGGGGAGCUCUCCCACGGCGCGAGAGAAGGAUACGGGCAUCUGGUGGACCGGGACGGACAAGACUACCGCGGGUGUUUCCAUGACAACCAGCGACACGGCCAAGGACACAUGGUAUUCCGGAACGGUGACAGGUUCGAAGGCAACUGGGUCCGAGACCGGCGUCAGGGGCACGGGGUGCUGCGCUGUGCUGACGGUUCCACCUACGAGGGGCAGUGGCACAGUGACGUCUUCAGUGGCCUGGGCAGCAUGACCCACUGCUCCGGGGCCGUCUACCGUGGGAUGUGGAUCAACGGACACCCGGUGGCACAAGCCCAGAGGAUCGUGAUUUUGGGUCCAGAGGUGAUGGACGUGGCCCAGGGGUCUCCCUUCGCCUUGAGCAUUCAGCUGCAGCAGGACAACGGGGAAGUUGCCAAGAGCGAGGACGGCCGGGUUUUGAAGAUCUCAGCCGGCGUCAGGUACGUGCAGCUCCCGGCCUCCUCGGAGGUCAGCUUCUUUCAAGUGGACAAGGACAACCCGCAGACACCCAUCCAGACCCCGUUUGGGUUUGAGUGCAUUGCCUACCCUCUGCGGAGCCCCCAGUGUGGGGGCCUGGGGCCCGGAGCUGCCCUGGGAAGUGCCGGGCGAGACCCGCUGCUCCCCGGGGGAGGCCUGGAGCCAGCGCUGCCACCAGACUUCUCUCCGGGCCACAGGGACGCCCCCGGGGGCCCUCCCGGAGCCCCACGGAACGUGCUUCCCGUGCACAAACUCCAGACUGGCAGGCGCUGCUGGACGCCCACCCGUGACCGAACACGAGCCGCGCAAGGAGACGGGAGCACGGCUCUCGCCGAAGACACCCACUGCCCACCAGGAGCAGCCCCGCUCCGGGCCCUCUCCUGAGCUCACUCUCGAGCCCUCUUCUGACAGCAGGGUGGUGGCUUCCACUCCAUCGACGUUCAUUUCUCGCGUGGACGUUCAGAGGCUGGGGUGCCGUCCCCCAUGGUCACCAGGGUCCCUGUUUCUGUUUCCUGUGCUGCUCUGUCACCCUUCCUGCACCACCUCAUGGCCCUAGAGGGUUGCACAGGCGCCGGUCGUCAUGCCCGCUGUUCCAGCCAGCUGGGAGGGGAAGCAUGAGGACCUGGGACCCUUCCUUUGAAGCAGCGUCCUUUCUGAGAACAGCUGUUGCUUACGCUCGCCGGCCAGCACUGGGUUAGGUGGCCACACCAGGCCACGGAGACAAGAUUCUGUUGCCAGAAAACAGGAGGAAGACGGCGAGUUCCCGUCUCCCAGCACCUUUGCCCGACGGUCUGGAAGCUGCGUGAGCAGAGCUGCCGUCAGCCAAGGCCUCGCGCCACCUCCAGGGGCUGACGGGGCAGCCGGAGGCCGCAUCCCUGUCGGAACCGUGUCCCCCGCAGGGCUGAGGCGGUGACGAAUGGGCUCGGUAAACCGGGGCUGGAGGAGAAGACGCUCAUUCUGCUAGACGGACGGGAAGUGAGGGCCCCGGGCUCCCCCAAGGGUGCGGGAGCGGUGGCCCCGCAGCGGGCUCGGCCGGCCCCUCGGGGACCGGGUUCGCGGCUCCUUCCUCACCCCUCUGACGCACAACUAAGGAACUAAACGCUCCAAAAACUUGGUUUCCAAUCACACGAGUAAGUGAACCGAGGAGAGGAAGUCCUUUCCGGAAGCCUCGUGGCCUCGCGCAGAAUCUCCGGACUCCGCGUUCUCACAUCGGGUCGUCGUGUUUAACUUUCGAGCAGUUUGCUCUCCGUUGAGAAGAAAAGGCGAGCAGGCCGGGCCUUCUGGACCACCUGGGUGACGCUGCAGCACCGCGUCGUGGGCACGGCGCACCGCUGUUCUGUUCCCAGGCAGACAGCCUGCUGUGACUCCCACCCUCGGCUCGAGGGGAGGCGCCUUUUGUGCGGAACGCCGUCAGGGGGGCGUCCGCCGCCCCCGCGGGGCAGGCCCUCGGCGUCCUGCCGCGGGGACACUGGCAGGCGGCCGCUCCGCCCGGACGAUCCCCCCAAAUUGGAUCUGGGAACCUAUAAGGCCGUAGCAGGGAGA